AUGUUCACCUUCUGCCAUGUUUGCCAACCCUCCUUAAAAGUCGGGGGACUCCUGCUAAUGACUCGGAAUAUGUUUGGUUGUAGCUGUAGCAUUAACAUUCCUUUGCAGCCAAAAAUGUCUUACAGAGAAUAAAUUAUUUCGUAAACCGGCUUAAGUAGAACUGAUCCGAGUAAGUAG